ACCCUUGUCUCCAUAGGACAUACAUGCUUUGAUUGGCGCCGCAGCGCUGCUGGUGGCUGCUGCAGAACUCCAGUUACCGUGUUUGGUCACACGUGUUUGUGAAGCGAGUUCGUUUUUUAAGGGUUGGAUCAACAUCAACGCCUAUUAGGCUCAAAGCAGGAUGUUGGGCAACCUGAAUUUCAACUCGCUAGUACAAGGGGUUGUCAGCAAGGCCAAAGCGCUCGCUCUCAAUGUCACAGAGAUAGAGCUCAAAGUGCUGGAGGCGACCAACGAGGAGCCAUGGGGACCCCACGGGUCCGCGAUGGGGGAGAUUGCGCGUGCAGCGGAGGACCCAGAGAAAUACAACCUCAUCAUGAACGUCAUCAGCGAGCGCCUGCAGAUGCGGGACGAGAACUGGCGCCUGUGCUACAAGGCGCUGCUGCUGCUCGAGUACCUUGUUAAAAACGGGCCUUGGCGUGUGGUAGACGAGCUCAACCGCAGCGUGUCCUCGCUGGAGCGACUGCGUGAUGAGUUUGAGUACCGUGACCCGCAGGGCAAGGACCACGGUGUCAACGUGCGGCAGAGGGCGGGUGAGCUGGCCUCACUCGUCAGCAACACCGACCGCGUUCGCCAGGAGCGUGAAAAGGCUGCCAAAAACGCCAACAAGUAUAAGGGCGUAUCGUCGUCGGACAUGCGCGGAUUUGGUGGCGGUAACGUGGGUGGCUACGGCGGCUAUGGCAGCAGCGGCAGCGGCUUCGGCAACGGCGGCGGCGGCUUUGGAUCUGGGUCGGGCGCCUUCGGUGGCGGCGGUGGCGGCGGCGGCGGAUAUGGUGGCGACCGCUUUGGGUCGGGCAGCGGGGGCUUCGGCUCCAGUAGCAGCCGCCAGGCCUACCCCGGCACGGAGAGCGUGCACAUGCCUGCCGGCAGCAGCAGCAGCCACCACAGCCGCACCGGAUCGGGCUCCAACGCCAACACCUUUAACGCCUUCAACAACCCCACAGCCGCCGGCCACUCGGGCGGCGGCUUUGGUGGGCUGCGCGGCACUGGACCGGCGGCUGGGUCUGGGGUGGGGCCCGAGGAGGGCGAGGACCCAUUCGAGGCCACCCGCAAGCGGAUAGAGCGGCUGAAGGCGGAGGGCGCGCUGCCGGAGCCGCCGCCGUCAGCGCUGCCGCCGGGUCUGGCAGACGUGCCGGCCGCAGGCGCCAAGGCUCCCAAGAAGCUGUCCGAAAUCAAAAUCAACCCCGCGGUGGCCGCCACGUUCGCGUCCAUGCCCAUCGCGCCGCCGCCCAGCGGUGCAACCAUAGGCAAGCUGGCACCGCCUCCGGGCGCCGGUGGUGCUGCCAAGCCGCCGCUGCCGCUGCCCGCCGCGAGCAACACCCUGGACCUGUUUGGGGAGCUGAGCGGCCCCACAUCCUCGCAGCCCGCUCAGUCACAGCCCGCGGCCAGCGCUGCUUCGGACUGGGACGCUUUCGGCUCGGCGCCAGCUGUUGCGCCGGCGCCCGCUGCGGCUCCGGCCGCGCCGGUGGAUCCCUUUGCCGUGCUCGCCUCUGGACCCACCGCGGCCACAGCAACAUCUGGUGGCAGCGCCUCGUUGGGCGGCUUUAAGCCCGCGGUAGCGACGCACGCGAGUACCUCUUCCAAGCCGGGCGUGCCGCCGCCGCUGUCAUUCGACGACUUCGCUGAGCUGCCCGCCGCGCCGGUGGCGCCCGCUGCUGCUUUCGCGGCACGGCCAGCUGCGCCGGCGGCGGACCCAUUCGCGGCGUUAGCAUCCUCCUCUGGUGCAGGCGCGCGGCCGGCGGCGCCGCCCCCCGCCGCCGCUGACCCCUUUGCAGUGCUGUCCGGAAGCAGUUCCAGUGCCCCCAAGCCCAUGAUGACGGCGGGCAAUGCCGCAUCCAAGCAGGCGAUGCCCCCGCCGCUGCCGUUCGACGCGUUCGGGGCUCCGCCGCCGGCGGCGGCGGCACCGGCUCGCACGCCGCAGCCUGCAGCGGGGGCAGACCCCUUCGCGGCACUGGCAAGCGGCGGCUCCGCGGCGGCUUCGCGCCCAGCGGUACCAGCGCCAGCACCUGCGGCGGCCUUCGACCCGUUUGCGCCGGCGCCGUCGACCAUGGCGACAGCGCCUGCGACGAGCAGUGGGUUUGGCGACUUUAUGAGCGGCAACCGGUCCUCAUCGCACGGUGCCGCCGCCAGGGACCCCUUCGCAGACCCGUUCGCCCCCGCCCCCGCUGCGCCGUCCUUCAACGCUUUCCCUGCUCCCCCUGCCGGUGCUGGUGCGGGCGGCGCAGCCAGCUCCGGCGGCGCGGCUAGCUCGGGCGGCGCGACCAUGGCAAUGAACAAGGCGGGCGCGGCGCACGGGGCUGCGGGGCAAAAGAGCAACGACCCGUUUGCAGGGCUAGGGUUCUAGAGCGCUGACUUACACUAGAUGCGCGCCCGCGCUGCAGGUAUGCACGCAUGGUUCUUUCCAGCACAGCACUGUGUAUGAAACACAUUAUAUCCACAAAUGCCCCAGCGUCAGGGCAAGGUAACCCCAGCGAGCGUCAUGGCGGUCUGUCAGUGACAGGCCUUGCCGGCAAGGGUGCUGUGUGCGUAUUGAGGUCACCAGUAGGCAGGAGCGUUGACACGAGGGCAUGUACUUAUCGGGUUUGGUAGGAUGGCCUAGUAUCUGCGGACUUGGGCCUUGUGUACUCCCAUAGUCAUGGCGUCUGGACGUCUCUCCCGGCAUCCACAGUCAUACAUGCAUUGCCAUUUCUAUCGGCCAGGAUAUCGGACACUGUGUAUGGACGUGUGAUCCGCUGCAACCCAAGGGACUCUGGGCUCCCCGCGAUGCGUACCGUCACUGUCGCGUGCUAAAACGGUGCAGUACAUGUGCUGUCUUGCGGUGGCGUUGUUGUUGGCAACGGCACGAGUGAAUGGAAGAU